GCAACUUGUAACAGGCUCAGUGAUCCUCCCCCUGAUGGAUUAUUUAACAGGCGCUCAGUCCCAUCUGCUAAAGCAAGAAAUAACACAGAGACUCUCAGGUAGGGCAGUGUAGGAGACUUUCAUAAGGAAGGUAAAAAAAACAACUGUGAACAAAUUGAAAGAUUUGGACAUUCAGGGAGAGUCACCAGAGGUGGGGGGGUCUGCGUCAACAGGAGGUGAUGAUUGAUUAAUACUGACAAGGUUAGUUUAUCUCUGAACGAUGGAGUUUUAUCUCGACGUGUAAAGUUGCCCCCCCCCCCCCUCACCCCCACUCCUGAGACGGAUUCUUGCUUCGGAUCAUCCAUGGGACAACCUUACAGACAUGACCCCCGGCUUCAUUAACACAAUGCGGCUGACCCCAUCCACCGGGUGAACCAAACGGGGGUGGGGGGGUCGACGUGAGGAAAGAGUGUCCCAGCCCGCAGCAGCGCAGUCAUGGUGGUGUUGGACAGCGACAGGACGCUGCUUGCUGCGAGGCAAGGAGACGUGCAGAGCCUGAGAGCGCAACUUGCGGCAAAAGCGCUCAACAGCGACAUCAAGGAUGCGCUGGGCGCGUCUCCGGUCCACCACGCUGCCCGGGCCGGGAGGCUGAACGUUCUGCGGUUCCUGGUGGACGAGGCAGGGCUGCCCGGGAACUGCGUGGCGAACAACGGUGCCACGCCGGCGCACGACGCAGCGGCCACCGGGAACUUGACCUGCUUACAGUGGCUGCUGACGCAGGGUGGAUGUCGGCCGGAGGACAGAGACAGCUCUGGUGCCGCAGUUCUGCACCUUGCAUCCCGCUUCAGUCACCAUGAGCUCACUGACUGGCUGCUGAAGAGCGGCGAGGGAGACCCCGGGGCCUCCACCGAUACAGGUGCUCUACCUGUUCAUUAUGCUGCUGCCAAGGGAGACCUGGCUUCUCUGCGACUGUUACUGGGGCACAGCCCAAAUCUUGUCAACUCCCAAACUAAAAAUGGUGCCACACCGCUCUACCUGGCCUGCCAGGAGGGUCACCUGGAGGUUGUCCAAUUCCUGGUGAAGGACUGCGGGGCAGAUCCGAGCAUCAGAGCCAAGGAUGGGAUGACACCUCUGCACGCUGCUGCUCAAAUGGGCCACAACACUGUCAUAGUCUGGCUGAUGAGCUUCACAGACAUCAGCCUGACAGACAGGGACAGUGACGGAGCCACAGCCAUGCACUUUGCAGCCAGCCGGGGCCACUCAAAGGUGCUUAGCUGGCUGCUGCUGCACGGUGGGGAGAUCGUCACCGACAGCUGGGGGGGGACCCCGCUCCACGAUGCUGCAGAGAAUGGAGAACUGGAGUGCUGUCAGAUCCUUGUAGUGAAUGGGGUGGACCUGGGUAUCAGGGACCAGGACGGCUUCACAGCAGCAGACCUGGCUGAAUAUAACGGCCACUCUCAGUGUGCCAAGUAUCUGCACACAGUGGAAAACAUGAGUGUGGAGCAUCGUGUUUUGUCACGAGACCCGUCGAUGGACCUCGAGUACAAGCAGCCAGACUCGGGCCUUUCAUCCCCGAAUACCACCAUGCCUCCCUCCAGCCAGGCGGUACACUUUGACAUCGGCUCACCGUCCAGCUCCCUGUCCAAUUACGACUCUGCCAACUCCAGCCAGUCCAGCACGGGGGAAAAGAGGAGCAGCUUAACCACGUCACAAGGCCCACCCACGCAGCUGAACACAGUUGCACAUCAAGGUGCGUCAGAGUCAGCCCUUUCAGACAUGCAAGCCUACAUGGACAUGCUGAACCCGGACAUCAGUGCCCAAGACGCACCCAAGAAGAACCCUGUCGAUCCUGUCCCCAAGCCCCCGCCACCACCGAGCUUCCCCCCACCACCUCCCCCCAAAUCUCCACCGGCACUUCCUCCACCUCCCGGUUACCCCGCACCGCCGCCUCCACAAGAGCCUUCAUCAGCUGAGUUCCUCAAGGUGAAAAGCAACUUGCGUCAUGUGGAGAAGAAAACCAACAAAAAGGAGCUGAUUCCUGGAGAAAGCCACGAAAAGUUGCGGCGUGUGGAUUCAAACAGGAAGUCGAGGAGUUUUAACAAACAGCCCAGCACUGGGGACUACUACAAGACACUGGGCGACGACACGGCGGAGCCCCGGGAGAGCAAAGGCAUGGCGCCCAACGAAGAGGGUUCGGCAUUGUUGGAGGAGCCUACCGAAAGCCCCGCCCUAAGCUCUGAAAAUGGUACCACAGAAGAAUCGGUCCCGCCUCCUCCUCCACCUCCUCCUCCACCACCUCUUCCUCCAAGCAAUCCGAUGCCAACUCCCCCUCCUCCUCCUCCUCCGCUACCCUCUGGGGCCCAAACCACCCAGAAUAAUGCCAGUAGCACCUCCAACGAUCAGCGACGCCCAUCGUCCUCUUCAGGAAGUGGAGAUAUCUCUACCUCUCAGGCAGAAGGAGGGCUGCUUAGACAGACGAAGUGCACAAAAUCCUUCAACAUGAUGUCCCCCACCGGUGACAACUCCGAGCUGCUGGCAGAGAUCAAAGCAGGAAAGAGUCUCAAGCCCACGCCACACAGUAAAGGCUACACCACCGUAUUUUCCAACAGCGGACCCACGGGCAACAAUGAGUCCACCACACCUCCAGAUACUCCAUCUUCUACCCAACCAGCCAAACCGCCCUCCCCUCCACAGUCUAGUACGCCUGUCACUUCUCCAUCAGUCACCCCAAGCCCCAGCCCCAGCCCCAGUCCCAGUCCCACUGGUUCUGGAUCAUCAAGGGUCCUGUCGACCUCUGCGAGCUACGAGCAGCUGACCUCUAGCUCCGUUGUCAACGGGAACAGUGGUAGUAGUUCAGCAAAAGCAGAAUCAGUAAGGAAGACGAGCCUGGCGGAUGUUGAGGCGCUGGUACCCACUCAUGACGAGCAGGGCAAAGCUAUCCCUGAAUGGAAGAGGCAGGUGAUGGUGCGAAAGCUUCAGGCCAAGAUGCAAGAGGAGGAGGACCACAAACAAAAGGCUGAGGAGGAGGAGAAGCGUCUGGCGUCAAUGCCAGCCUGGAAGAGAGACAUGAUGAAGAAGAAACUGGAUGAGGAGAGGGAACAAAAAAGAAAAGCAGAUCAGCAGGCCAAACAGGAAAAGCAGAAAGAGGAGAAUAUGGAGCUGGAGCGACUACGGACCCUGGGCUACGAUGAGACCAAACUGGCCCCGUGGCAGAGGCAGAUCAUUCUGAAGAAAGGGGAAGUAGCCAAAAAGUGAACUGGAUCGUUUCCCUGUCCUGCACCGUCUGCAUCCUCACACACAUAGUCCAAUGCAUCUUCCUCCUUCCUCCUCUAGUCCAUGCUGCUCAACAGGCGAUGAAGAAGAGUGUUUCUCCCCUAAACUCUGCAACACGUCUGGUUCAGACUGUUGCUGCUGCUGCACAGGCUCUGAGGCGAACGCAUCAGAGUGCUCUUCCACCUUCAGCUUGAAGUUUCAAACACUUUGUCUUUUAGUGAAAAAUGUCUGACAUGCACUGUCUUACUACCAGAGCAUUUGUUCUAAAUGUGCUCAGUAGAAUAUACUUACUUUUCAGGAAAUCACAAGAGGACGUUUCAUGUAGAACACCAGUCUGAUAGUCUUGUGAUACAAUUAAAAA